CCGUGACUCUUGUUCCCUCUUUUUCAGGGAGGUAACAGUGUCCCCCGCUGGCGGUGCAGGCAUCUGCUGCAGGUCCACCUUAUUCGCUGUUUCGAUGGAAGGAUCGUCGGAAGGAGAGUCUGGGAUGACCUCCAUGGGUAUACCGUACCAGAAGAGGAGCCGUUACGAAAGCGACCAUCAUGGAGGAGGCUGACCUGCUGAAGGAGAGGCUCCAGGCGAUAACGGACAAAAGAAGAAUCCAGGAGAACAUCGCAAAGAAACGGAGACAGAUUGAAGAGGAGAAAUUAAAACUCCAGUACAUUAAGAAGAAAGCCCUGAGGGAGCAGUGGCUGAUGGAUGGUCUGAGUCAGCAGUCGGAGGAGGAACAGGAAGCCAUGAGGCUUCAGGCUCAGGACGUACAGCAGCAGAGUGAUGAGCUGCAGAGCAACAUCCUCAGAAUAGAAAAGGAGAUUGAGGCCUUGGAAACACAGGAGCUCGUCAUCUCCGCCAACGAAGAAGUUGUUCUGAAACAGUUGAAAGAGGUGGAGAAGACGGCUGAGGACAUCAUCAAGGAGCUAAACGCAGAGUUCCAGCCAGAUGUGACACAUCAUGACCCCUUGUCACUCCCAGAUAUCCCAUCAUGCAUCCUGCUGACACCAAAAAAACCUCCUACACAUGAGCUUGCUAGUGAAGCACCAAAGAAAGCUACAUUUGCGAUGGAGAUCAGUGUGGAGCACGAUAAAAGAACAGGCAAAAGUCAGGUGGUCUCUACAGCAACCGUCACCCCAGAAACCAUCCAGGAGAGGGGGUUAAAGGUGUACGAUGAUGGGCACAAGUCUGUAUAUGCACUGCACCCAGAAGGGGGGAAAAUGCCCAGUGGAGCAGUUGGAGAGAUGACGCCCACGGAGGUAGAGGAGCUGUUGCAUCAGGCCACAGAUAUGAACGUGCCCACUGAGGUGCAGUACCAUCAGCCUGUCUACUCUGUACCGUAUACGGGGAGCAGCAGGCCUUCAACACCCAGGACACCAAAUAAAACGCAGCGACAAACCCCCACACCCAGCUCCAGCCCCUUUCAGAGCUCAGUCCCAUCGAGAAAUGAAGCUCAGAUCCUUGGGGAGGAAAACCAGCUCAGCCAAGACCUGGACGGAUGGAAAACCCCGAGCCAAACACCCAGCCCCAGCCUCAUCCAACAAGACUACACAUCAACGGUGCAGAGACUGCGAGAAGAAACCAAGAUGCCCUACUUCCACAUUCCAGGACAGUCCAAAGCUGAGAGGCAUUUCAUUUCACAGCCUCACUUUGCUGUUAAAACUCCACUAAGACUCACCAACAGCAAGACUGAUGUGAGCAGUCCAAGCUCAGCAGCUCUUGUCUCGGUGAAAGCCAGAUCUGAAGGAAUGCCAGAACCCAUUCAGCCUGUCUACAGGGGUACAGAUAGCUGUAGUCCUUCGCUAGCCAGCCACAAGUCCGUAGUUGAUCCUGAUGCCUUGAUAGAGAGCUUGGGUGAUUUUAACAGACAUUCACCCUUCAGUGCAGAGAGUGUCGCCACUCUGAACCUCGUCAACGCCCUGCCAGAGGAGCUAGAAUCAGAAAGUGUCACCAUGAUCUUCAUGGGCUAUGAAAAUGCCGAGGACGAGGAUGAAGAAGACAUCCAAGCUGAGCUAGUGAUCGUAGGCUGCAGCGAUGAUGAUAAUGAUGAUGAUGAUAAUGAUGACGAGGCCCAGCAUGGUAGAUAUGAAAGAGAGCAACUGUCAUACCAUCCAGAGGGGUACAAGAGCAAAGUCUUUCAACCCAAGAUGGGUAUAGCCAAGGUUACAGGCUGCAGAGACAUUAUCGAAGACACCCACACAAACCAGGACGACUUCAGGCUCCACAAGCCAACAUUCAUCCACAAGACUAGAAAGCACAGUCACUACCUGCAGGGACAGCGGGGGGAUGAGUCUGCAAACACAGGCAGCAUAAACAUGGAGAUGAAGCUCUGUGCAACAGGAAGAUAAGAUGGAACUUUACCACCUCCUGAGAAACUGGGUCUUGAAAAGGAAAUGUAAGGAUAGGUGAUUUAUUAAGUGAUUCUUUUCUUGUUCUGCCAUGGCUCAUAGGUUUGAACAUACAAUAGCUGUGUGUAGAUGUGUAACAUGCUGCCAGUCCAACAUAACGUGCUUCUCAGCUGUUCUCCAGAUGUUUUUCUUAUGCAACAGGAAGGUGACGACUGGUUCCUCUCGUUACAUUUACUGCAGAGAGCCUCGCCUUGCCACAUCUGUGCUUUGUCCUGAUUGAGAACUUGAAUUAUCGCCUGUAUCGCCUAUUGCAGUUGUAUGACUCCGCCCACCAGUCCACCCUGUGGUUGUUUGACUCCGCCCACCAGUCCACCCUGUGGUUGUUUGACUCCGCCCACCAGUCCAGUGUCUCUGACGUUAAAACAUGAUGAUGUCACAGUCAAGCUGACCUUUGACCUUUUGACCUUCAUUAUUUUAUCCUGUUAGACAUUUGUGUCAAGUUUGGUGAUGAUUGGCUCAUGAAGUCUUGAGUAAUGUCCAAAAACACGUCUUGUGAGGUCAGGGUGACCUUUGACCUUUGACCACCAAAUUCUAAACAGUUCAUUCUUCAGUCCAAGUGGACGUCUGUGUCGAAUUUGAAGAGCCCUCUCACCAGACAGUCAUGUCAACAUCGACAGAGAGAAAGUCAAAGCCUGACCAGAGCAGUUUGAAAUAUUUGUUUCACUGUUUGAGAUAAUAAACUUUAUCAGUGGUUUAUCGGCUGUGCAGAGAAAAUGUAUAAAUGAUAAAUAAGGACUUUAUUUAACUUUGCAGUGUUGGUGCAAGCAAUGGUGGUUUAUGCAGUAUGUGGCCCAGUGAAUAUGUGCAGUCAUGUUUCUCCUGCUGGCCCCGCCCUCUAGUUCCUGUUGGCUGACAGACUAUUUGAAUCGCUUUUCUCAGCUUGAGGAAAGUUUUACAAAUAUAAAAUCACCAUGGCUCAGAACUUCAGACUACAGAGUUCCGUAGUUGACCUUGUUUGCAGUUCAAGGUGUCCUGUUAAGUUUCACAGACGUCUCUCCUGUGAUGGUGCUCUGUGGGGGGAUUUUUACGCUGCGACAUCGCGAGUGACCACUAGGGGAAAAAAUCCCUGAGGGCCUGAGCUUUGGCUUAAUGAUCUGUUGUGUUCUCAACCUGGUCAUUAACUAGCUGCUUUAUUGCUUUAACCUCUCUAACUCCGCCAGGACGCUGACGUCCUCGCUCCCUCCUCUGUUAAAUGGUAUCUCCCAGGCGCACUACAUCAUCAAACCAUGUGAUGUUUGGUAUUGUUGGAUUCACAAAGCUCUCGACUUUUCAAACAUAACAUCGUUUUUCUUUUAUUUAUUAUGUAUUUCGCACCAGAGCAGCCUAAACACACAAAGUCCAAAAUCGAGAUGAGUGGUGACAAGUCAUGUCAUGCCGUUUUUCAACAGGAAAAGUUAAAGGAUUACUCGCGAUCUUAUGUGGAGCUGUUAGCGGGGACUUAGCUGUUUUAUAAAAGGUAAGAGUCUCACUCCUACCACUAUUUUUGGCUGAGAUAUACCGUCUAGAAAGUGGGAUCAUAACUUUCACGUUUCAUAUGGCUUUAUUUGGUGAUAUUUUAUGGUGUUUCUGUGUCAUAAACAACAUCAGCUAUCAUAAUCACACCUGAUUUCAAUAAGGUACAAUGUUUGAAGCUGGCUGAGUGUUGUUUGAUCACUGAUAGUACUGUUUUGAAGCAGAGUGACCGACUUGUCAUUUGGAGCUCCGCCUGGAUCUUUUCAUGGUAAAAACACUGUAGAAUGGUCAUACUUUGAGCAGUCUUCUUCAAAUUUGAAACAAGUGUUCAUUGAUAGUGUGCCUACAGCCCCACAGUGUCAUUUACCUGCUCAGAUGAAGCCACAGACAGUUAUUCAUCCUGAAACACAUUUUUUAUUUUAUUUUAGGCAAAAUCUUCAACUUUUUACUGACUUCAGAGGCCCAUUACUCUGUCUCUGUAUCACCUAGAGUGUUUCUGACACUUUCACAAGAAACUUCAGGGAGUUUUCUUUCUGGCAAGAACUCAUGAAUGCAUGUAGUCAGAGCAGUUCAGAAGCUACAGUCAUUUAAAUUUGGGUAUGUCAUUUUAGGCGUUUUCGCUACAAAAAUGGGGGUGGAGUACAUUAAAGGUGCAGUCAACAGUCUAAUCCAAAACAUGUUGUCAAAUUCAGCAAAUACCUCCUCAUGGCCCGCUAGCUGUCUGUUCUGUGUGCACGCUGAGAAAAAAAAAAAGCAUUCAAUGUAUUACUCAGCUCUGGCUGUGUAAAUGGGGAACAAACAACAACACUUUGCUGCCUUAUCUCCCUCUUCCACGUUCUCGCCCAAGAGGAUGGAGUUACACCACGAUACAUAACACUGGAGCUUCUGAGGGAGCACGCAUGGGAACUUUGUUUGGUUGUUAACUCAGAUAUUAAUAUUUCUGCAGAAUCGCUUUAGUUCAUGAGAGAGACACCUGUUAGAGACACGUAGAUCCUCCUAAUGCACACUUAAUCAGACCUGAUGGCUUAUUACUGUGGUCAGAGAGUAACCCGUGGCCUCCUCACGGCAAACCUUGUAGUUAAAUCUGUGAUCAUUAAGGCCUUGUGUCCACCUGAGUGUGUUUACCCAGCUACUAAAGGCCAGACGCUCCUCAGGAAACGCCCAGCUGGGAGCACUGCAGAGCGCUUUGGAGGUGCGGCGCUUUUUCAGCUGAGACGCGUUGCGUCUCGUUGCUAUGAUACGGAGCGUGUUGGCACAAGGCAGAGUACAUGCUUUGGGUGAGGGGAGGGCUGAAGCAUGCUGAGUGAGAGGACGCACUCACCAGUCUGUGUGAAUUCAUGAGAGGAGAUGCAUACUAACAGAUUUCUCCUCCGUUGUUGUUGUUCAGCAUUCGUGUGAUUGAACAGCUGAAGUGGCAGUGACGAGCGCCGUGUUUUUUACUCCAAGUUGAAUAUUUUUCAGCUCUCAGCACUCCAGAAAAAAAAAAAAGUGCCCAGCAGGCAGCCGUCAGUGCCUGGCGCCGACUCAUCAGGCCUGUAAUUUUAAGUGUUAAAAUGUUAAAUUGAUUUUGAUGCGACUGCGGCACUUUACCAGAGAAAGUUAGGCUGCAGGAAGAUAUAAAUCAGUGGAAGGCAAACCAAACAUCAUAUUUAUUGAUGCCAUGUUAUUGAGUUACACAAUGUGGCCAAAAGUAUGUGGACAUUAAUUUUAACACUUUAUUUAUAGAGAUACUAGACAUCAUCACACGUUGUCGUCACACGUUGCAGUUAUGUCCUAAAAAGUAAAGGAUACUGGAGACUAACAACAAACACGCCGGCUCUGGACACACACUCAAAUGGAGCGGAGCCUGUGUUGCCUUCAGGCGUUGUCACAUAAAUAACAAAUUUCAGCACUUGAAUAGGCCAUAGCACAAACAGCAGCAUGUCAUAUUGGCCGAACCCGAGCCAAAUUUUUGAUUUGUUAUCCGAACCCAGCCCGACCCGUCCCACCAGCGGACAGAGAGUGUGCGUGGGAAAGUAUGUCGCGUCAACCACCUGAAAAGCAGGAAAAAGUAUCUGUGUUUUUUAAACGUUCCCAGGGUGGUGACGAAGAAAUGAACAUCAUGAUUCAUUUCAGUGAUUGUGUCGUUUGUCAUAUUGACCCCCAACAGAGAAUCCAGGCAGGACAAUGGAGAGAUAGUUGGAAAGUUAGCGAACCUUUUCUGCACAUAGUCCCUGAUUUAUAAAUACUGAGAAAAAUGAACGCUGGUGAGUCCAAGCUGAACUUUUAUGAACAUACAGAGUGAACAGAGAGAAUCAGUUUGUGCUUCAGCGUGUCAGUGCCCCUGCCAGCUUCACAGAGGAAGUGUUUCCCAGUUUGGUGCAAAACAACGUGACUGUCCCGCGCAGAGCUCUGACCUCAAUCCCAUCCGACACCUUUGGGAUGAGCUGGAGCGCCAGCUGUGAGCCGGGCCUUAUCACUCAGCAGCAGCAGUGGACCUCACUGUUGCUCUUUUUUAUGAAUGAGUGAACGUCCCUGAAGCCAGCUUCCAGAAUGUGGCGGGAAGCCUGAAACCAGAAGAAUGAUUGAAGCACGUUAACGCCCACUGCGCCAGAAUCACAUGAGGGAUGUUCAGGUGCUCUCACAGAACUUUGUUAUUGAGUGUAAAAAGUAAAUCAGUCAUUUAGCAUUAAUGAAGCCAUGUGAAUGGGUUCCUUUCAUUCAAAUCAAAGUGUGGAUCAUGCUGCAGUAAACAAGACCUGCUUUUUUCUGAAUUUCUAAUUUAACUUUGUCGACUAACGGGCCUGUGUGCUGUUAUUUUCUCUACCAUUAAAAAUAUUCCUCCAUUAACUAACGGUGACGGUGUUGUUUUUGGAAGUGAUCCCUGACUCUUAAUUUGACCAUCUUCCCUUCAUGUUAAUACAACUAACUGCUGUUAUUUAAAGUGAGGUCAUCAGUGUCAAUAAAUAAAUAACAAAUACAAAAUAAAUUAUAGUAUAUUCAUGCAACAUACGCCAAUAGUUAUUAGUAUCAGGAUACAAAACACUAGAUCCCAGACUGGUUCCUUACUCUUAAUUCUGUAACUUAUUAAGCACAGCCUUGUCUGAGCCGUCUUUAUCAUGGUGUUCGUCCAUUCUUUAA